GAAGAAAAAUCGUAGCUUCGAUGUUCCGACAUUUUGUUACCGAAACCAGCGUAAUCGAGUGGAUCACCAGUGUAAUAUAAGUGCAUCGACAAUAAUUCUUAAGAGACAAGCCUAAUUGGGAUGGACAUACAACGCGAAGAGAAAUCACUAGGGCAUCAAACUUCGUUAAUUCUCAACAAUAGACUAAGGAGACUAAGAUUACCCGCAUAUUAUUUAAAGCGUUUGAAUGUCAAUAUGAUCUCAUUGACCAAGAAGGAAAUGAAUGCCGUGAUGUUUAAUUAGACAGUGCAGGGUUAGAUAUCAAACCAGUGACUAUGAAUGAGGACUCGUAUGAACAUGACGUGGUCACAUCGCAUUUCGAAAAUACGACCGAUUUUGGAGAAGAUGAUAAAUGGGAAACCUCUGCCACGCUUGUAAGGUAUUGGGUUGAGACGAUUGCUUUACCGAUAGUAUUAUCACUGGGAAUAUUGGGUAAUCUACUUAAUAUGAUAAUACUAACCCGAAAACAACUUCAAGCUAAAAUGGAUGAAAUGGAAAAGUCUGGACAUAUUUUCCUUAUUGCUUUGGCAGUUUCGGAUUUUCUUUUCUGUGUGGCUGAAUUUCCUCUUGGCUUUAUGCACCGAACUAUUAUCUACGACUCAGAAUGCUUCAUGCUUUACUACAGAGUGUACCAUUCUGGGAUCAUCAAUAUGUUCAUACUCUCCUCAACAGCGUUAACUGUAGUUAUGGCCGUUAGUCGAGCCACGGUCGUGCUUUUUCCAUUAAGGGCACGGAGUUGUAUGACCUUGACAAAGGUCAAGGUCACGUUAGUCUUGGUUUAUGUUAUAUCGGCCAUCUUGGCUCUUCCUAGAUACUGGACACUAAAGAUCAGAAACUAUGGAACAAAAUCAAAAGGAAUGUAUAUGGCAGAUAUUGGUGUAUUAAACGAUCCUGAUUACAAACAGGGGUAUCUUGUAUAUAAACUGUUAUGGAGUCUAAUCGGAGCCGUCAUCCCCUUCAUCCUUCUAAUCAUCAGUAAUGUUUGUUUGAUAAAGACAUUAAGAAAAUCAUUCAGAAUGCCUGAUUGUCAUGGUAACAGAUCAGUGACGUCAUCGAGCAAUCGUUUAACACACAUUCUCGUUGCUAUCGUUAUCAUAUUUUUGCUCUUAGUAUUCCCUGCUGAAGUUUUGAAGUUAAUAAGUAUUUUUCGGGAAGAAUCGUCCACGAGUCCCAAUUUUGAAAUCGCAGCUAUCGUCACAAACUUUAUGCAAAGUUUAAACUUCACUUUGAAUUUUAUUCUUUACUACUCAAUUAACGUACCUUUUAGAAAAACAGUUUUGGAUUUCUUCCGAUGCAUAACAAUGGAACAGAAUGCUCAAUGUCAGCGCAAUGUGAACUCCACCUAUCGGCACUAUAAGUUUAAAUCAUUCGUAUCGACACCGAUCGUAUCAACCCAGUCAGCGCAGUCACAGUGUAUUGAGAUGAGUGCUACACACACGUUUGUAUUGGAAAUCAAAGAAGUGAAACCCGACACAAACCUGAAAAAAGAAACUGAAAUAUGAAACGUUAUAAUUUAUGUAGUUGUGGUUGACUUAAAUAUUUAUUGAUAUAUAUAAUUAUCCAUGAAGCCAAUCACUUGAACACUCUAUGUAAUUGAGAGUCACGGUUGCAGUCCUUUAAUUAUUCACAUCAAUCGAAAUUAAUUGAACUUGUUUUGAAUAAGAAAACCAUUUAGAUCCAACCAUUAAGUUAACAGUUAGCUACAGCGUGGCCCACAAAUGCGACCCGCAAAUUUAGAAUUGCUUUCUCAGUUUCAUCUUAGAUUUGUCUGUAAAAG